GCCUUUCCCCGGGAUGCAGAAUGCCCCCGGCUGGCCGCCGGGCUUCGGCGGCAGUCACCCGACCUACCCGACGCCUGCAAGCGUGGCCGCCCAGCAGAUGGCGUGGCAGCAGCAGCAGCCGCCUCAGCCACCGGCGCUUGCUCCCCAGCAGCCCGCAUGGCAGCCUGCUGUAUUUCCGCCGCAGCAGCAGGCGACGCAGCCUGAGCUCAAAGAGACGCUCGCUCAGGCGCCGGGGCUGCAUUUUGCCAUGCAGAGCCCCGCACAGUCUGCGCCGCAGCCAGAGCAGCCGAUGGCACAGGUUGGGCAGUCAGCUGCAGGGGCUGAGCAGACUGCACCGCCCCUUAAUGCUGUCAUGAGCGAGGCGGCACAAGCGCAUAACAAUUGGCCGGCAGGCUUUCAGCAGGUUGCUCCCCCGCCGCAGAUGGAGCCCCUUGAGGCCGCUGAGUUCACUGCAAUGAUCAAUGAAGCGUCAUCCCACAUCGGCUGACUAUCGAUGUUCAAGGGUUGGUAUUGUCUUGACAAGUCUGAGGUACACGUGUGGUUAGGAGCCUGUUGGCAAGAAUGACGUUAGUACUUAUGGACACGGAAGGUUUCCUGGUCGUGCGUCACGCAAUGGUCGAGGGAAAUGUACUCAUUAUUGCUGUGUUUUCUUAUUGGUUUGUUUCUCAAGAGCAUUUUUUGGAGGGAAGAAAACAGUCAUGUAUACAUUUCAAAGAAGUACUUAAGUGAAAGCUUUCACAGAGGU